AUGGCUUCUACAAUGAAGGUUGAGAUCAUUCAAAGAGAAACCAUCAAACCAUCCUCUCCCACUCCUCCAAAUCUCAAAAUCCACAAAAUUUCUCUUCUGGAUCAAGUAUUGGUCACAAACUAUGUUCCCAUCGUUCUUUUCUACGCUGCCAAUGGAGAACAUAUCACUGACCGUAUUCUUAAUCAAAGAUCGCAACUUCUGAAGCAAUCGUUAUCAGAAGCUCUCACUCAGUACUACCCACUCGCGGGGAGAAUCAAAGACCACCUCUCCAUCGAAUGCAACGACGAGGGGGCUGAGUUUGUGGAAGCUCGAAUCAAUUGUUCUUUAUCCGACCACCUCAGAAACCCGGAUAUCCAACAAUUUGAGGGACUCAUUCCGGCCAAGUUUACAACCCCCGUGACAACCGAGUCUAGUUUAGUGCUUGUUCAAGCCAACUAUUUCCAAUGUGGUGGCGUCGCCAUGGCGUUCUGCCUUUCCCACAAGAUCGUUGAUGGAGUCACCUAUUUUACAUUCAUCAACAAAUGGGCUUCUAUAGUUCGUGGCUCAGACGACGGAACCCUCCCGGACCUAACCAUCGCAUCGUCUCUUUUUCCUCCCCAAGAUUCUCAAAUCCCGGCUUUUGAAUUUCCUCCUAUCAAGCAAUGCGUGAGGAGAAGGUUCAUUUUCACUCCUUCGAGUAUAGCGGCGCUCAAGGCUAAAAUCGCCGGUGAAGGUGUGGAAAACCCGACGACAAUAGAAGUCGUCGGGGCACAUAUUUGGAAAUGUAUAAUUACAGCGGCAAGAUCACUCGGAAGGGAAUCGGGCGUAUACAUAUGUGGCCAGUCUGUAGACAUGCGACGGAGAUUUUCUCCUCCGAUAUCCGAAACCUCGGUUGGAAAUCUCUUAGCACCAUUGGCUACGGUCGCGGAAUUAGAGGGAGACGAGGAGAUAGAUCUGCACUCUUUAGUUCUUAAACUAAGAAGAGUGGCAAAUGAAUUCAAGGUUAAGAAAGGAGAAAAUAUAUUUGCGGAAUUAAAUGAAGAGAUGAUGAGUUUGGUAAGGGAAAAGAAUGCACACUCCUUUUUUCUGACUAUUUCGUGCGAAAUGCCUGUGUACGAAGCUGAUUUCGGGUGGGGAAAACCUAUAUGGUUUACAAACGUCAUGGCCUCUGUGUCGAAUUUCGUCACCUUAAACAAUACAAGCGAGGGUGAUGGAUCAGUUGAAGUGAUACUAGUGUUGGUUGAAGAAGAGAUGGCGGUUUUGGAAGGCAAUGAAGAAUUGCUUGAAUUCGCCACUUUCAGUCCCAGUAUUGUUUGA